CCGUGUAUAUGAUAAACCCUAAACUUGACAACGUGGUGUCGAUUCGAGCAAGGAAUCGGAUAUUUGAAUUUAAACAAUAAUUGCUGCGCCCCAAACAAAUAAAACUGGGAUAUUUGUUUAGUAUGGUGGUCAAGGACGGCUCUGGUAGCAUGUCGCAGGAGAAAUUGCAAUUGUCAAGCCUAACCUAGAAAGCGAUUAUCGAUUGUCCUGCAUUCGCAAUUUGGGCAAAUUAUUUUUAGAAUCCCCAUUAUUAGGCUGUGCUUAUUGGGAGGCUGACAGUGCUUCGGCUCAAGCGCCAAGUGAGGUCAUCGACUUCAUCUAGUCAGCUGACAAUCGGCCCCAAGCCAGCAAAGCCCUAAAGCGACUGCUAAUGACUAGUCCAUAUCGCUUGGCGGUCAUGUACCUUAGUUGAUACUGCAAGGCAGCAGCAGCAUGGGGGCAAACAGCAGUAAAAAGUUGGCGGCCAAAUGUUCCUUCCUAUCCAAAGACGAGCAGCUAAUUGUGAGCAAUUCCUUCAAGCUAGCCAGCCGGAACUCGGAAAAAAUCAAAGAAGAUGAGCUCACG